UCCCCUGCGCACCGCCUGCACCGCUCGCAGAGCCACCGCCUGCCCGCAGCCCCGGGGCUGCUGCCGCUGCUGCACCGCAACAUCACCGUCGCGCGCCCGGGACGGCGGACGCGCUCGCAGAGCGCUGCCGUGCUGACGUCGACGCCGCGCGUGCGCCGCUGGGUCCCGAAGGCGCCGGGGCGGGCCGGCGCGUCUGCGUCUGCGUCGGGAGCAGCGGCAGCGGCAGUGGCGCGCGAGGACAGCCUGAGCGAGCCCUCGAGCGGGGUCUCGGCGGGCACGACGGCGUCGCAGGACUCGCUGGACCGCGUCGAGCGGGUCUCUGGCUGGCUGGAGGGUGGUGGCGGCGGGCUGGAUGUUCGGGGUGUCGUGGCGGAGCUGGAGGGGCUGUCGUUGGGUCUGGGCGGUGCGUCUGACUCGAGCUGUGAGAUGGACGUCAGCUUUUGA